AUGGCAAACAGGGGCAAUGCUCGAACACCCCAGUCAGGUGGGGCCCUAGUGCCUGUUGCGCAUGGUAACCCUCAAGCUUUAGCUCAACUCUUCUCGGCAAUCCAAAAUUUUUACGCGCAAUGCGGGCCCCCAGUUGCCUCGACUUCUACCAUAGUGGAGCUAUCUCAAGAUUGUAUUCCUGACACCCCACCCAGCCAACAGGGCCUAGCAGGACCCUCCUCAUCUACGUCCAGCGCCACGCAGCCUGGCGUGGAGCCGCCCAAUCGACCCCAAACGCGUUUACAGACCGCACGCGCUCAGAAGUCUAAGUCUAGUGCCCAGAAAGUCAAGCCUGGCCCGCAGAAGUCAAAGGCCAGUGCACAGAAGACCAGACCGUUACGGGCCGCUCCCCCUAAUGCAAGCCAGGAGACAAUUGGGGUUCCUAGUGUUUUUCAGGAUGCUCCAGCCCAGCGCAGUCCGUCCAAGGGGUCAUCUUCGGAUGAGGAGUUGCCUCCCCAGCAGGCAGCUUCAACGUCUAAUGACCCAGCCCCGCAAGACAGUAGCUCCCGUGGAAGGAAACGGAAAGCGAAGAGGAAGCACGUGUCCAAAAAGAGCAGGAGAAGGGACACAUCUGACUCCGAGGACGAGACAGGUACUUCUUCUUCUGAGGGUGAUAGUGAUGCGCCCAUGGAGACAUACUGGGGGGAGGGGGAGGAAACUGGUGCCCCCUUGUGGAUCCAUGAGAGGCGGGCCAAUUCACACCGGAAAACCUUUAACGGUACUCUUGAGUGGAAAGACGGGGCGUUGGUGGAAGAUGUUAAAGUUUCAACUCACUUGGCUACUGAUUUUAUCUUGGGUAAUCACCUUUCUAAGAGGAAAAGGGAUAAGAUACUGAACGGGGACUUCAUAGAUAUGUUUACUUUGCUACCGCCUGCGCAAAUAAAAGGAAAAGGGGAGAAAAAGCGGUAUUAUGGUAAGAAAAGAUAUAGGUCCCCUCGGGCGGAGCGUACAUUCGAGAAUUGGCUCAACGGUUACCAGGUAUUCAUGGGGAUAGUUUUAGGAUGUUAUCCAAAACGUGGGUUGCAUCUUGCAUCUUAUCUGGCGCAUGUGAGAAGGGCUUGCGAGUUAGCGGGAGAUGAGGCUGCCAUCUCGUACGACGAGGAUUUUCGUAGGAAUGCCUCGUUGUUGUCCUCCACGCGCUGGGAUCAGAGGGACAAUAACUAUUGGAUGGAGCACGUGGGGCCUAACAUCGAAAAGAAAACACAUGACCAAGCAAAACCUGGUAAGGUGGACACAAAACGUCGUAAGCAAUGCUGGGACUUCAAUAGAGGGAACUGCCAGCGCACCUCUUGUAAGUAUUUGCAUGAAUGUGACAAGUGUCUAGGCAGCCACCCUGCUAUUAACUGCUACAAAAGUAAACAACAGCCCUUUCGAGGCGGCAGGGGUCACCUCCAUCAGGGAAACCGGGGUGCCCCCUCUGGUGCUUCAGGACCCGCCCAAGGGUCGGCAGGGAAUCGCUACUAA